AUGUCCUCCGCCCCUACUAGCGGAGUGCCCGUCUUCAAUGGCCUCAAGCACCUUCCUUGCCCUAAGGAGGCAGGAAGGGCUGAGUGCACCACUCCUGGAUGCCUCUUUGGCCACAGAGCUUCAUCUCUUGAUGGCGCGGCAGAUGAGCGUGUUACGAAGCGUCAGAGGGUGGAGGGCGCUCACAAACCAGAUGCAAACCGCUCGCAGUCAAACAGCCAAAGUACUGGCGACACCCAACCACGCAGCUCGGCGGCCAGCAAUCCAUCUGCCGAUGCUCCCCAGGACGGCAGCUCAACUGGGCACAAUCCGGAUGUCGACAACCCAGUGGUCAACCGUCCUGGCGUUGACGUGCUACAGGUGAAAAAGGGCCACACCACACGUUCCAGCCCUCAAUCGUCUUGGUCUCAGAGCCAACAAGCCACGGUCAAUGAUGAGAUGAAAACACCUCAGCAAUACGAUCCAUUGUCCCCGCCGUCGCCGUCACUAUUGAAGCACCAAUCAACGCAACCGACAAAGGCUAGUGAAUCACCGCUGUCGAGACUUGGCUCAACUAUUUCUACCUCGUCUGCCUCACAGAAAAAGCCGACUUCAAUCGCUGGGCAGUCGACGCCAACACCAACAACCAAAGUCUCUGAGCCCUCGAGGGCCAAUUCGUCGCCUGCAAAGCCCGAGUCACUAGCAUCGGGCUCGCCCGCACCCAAAGACGGCCAGGCCAAGCCACCCUCACUUGGCCCCCAGACUAUGACCAAGCCGGCCAGGAAGCCAGAGACCCUCAACCCCCGUCACCUCCAGAAAGCCCCAGCCGCCCAUAACAUCAGGCUGCAAUUGCUCAAACUCCUUCACCAACAGUUCGUUCGUCUCAACGAAGGAGUCAGUAAAUUGAGCGCAAAGCACCCCGAGAUCAAGGACCUGGUCCUGUCGGGUCAGGAACUUGUAUGGAUGGCCCUCGACCGUGAGCAGCACAUUGCAAUUCACAAGUCGUCUAUCUAUGGCAACAUCAUCAAGCAGGAUGUGGUAAGGCACAAGCGGAUGUCGGUGGACGACUGGGUCAAGCAGCGCAAGGAAGCAACAGAAAAGAGGCCAACAGAGAAGCCACCAGCCAAUGGCCCUCCUGUUGUCACCAUGACCGGCUUGAGCGCCGAGCAAGAGGUCGAGGUGCUGAAGAGAAGACUGGUCACGCCCAUCGCAGGCCUCGCGCCAUAUGGCUACGUCCCGAUCCCACCCACCGACGAUCAAAUCGCCGAGGCGAAGGCGGCCGUCCAGAUGUCUCAGAACUGGGAGAAAUGCGACAGAUGCACUGUGCGAUUCCAAGUAUUCCCAGGCCGCAACAUUGAGACUGGGGAGCUUGCAUCCGGCGGACAGUGCACGUAUCAUUCAGGAAGGCAAUACCUACCUGACCGCCCCAAGGGAGACUUUACCCACAUCCCAAAGCGGUACCGGUGCUGCCAACAGGACGUCGGGGAAUCACCUGGAUGCGCCAAGGGAAGCAACCACGUAUGGAAAACCAGCGACCCGAAGCGGCUUGCCGCGCUAUGGAAUUACGCAGCGACUCCUCAGAAUGCGAAUACCGAUGCAGCAAAGGCCGUGUGCUUCGACUGUGAGAUGGGCUACACGGUGUAUGGCAUGGAGCUAAUCAGGCUGACGGUAACCUCGUGGCCGGAUGGCGCAGAACUACUGGAUGUGCUUGUGCAGCCUUUUGGCGAGAUUCUGGACCUCAACUCGCAAUACAGCGGUGUCUUCCCCGAAGAUCUGGCACGAGCCAUAUCCUGGUCAAGGGAUUGGAAGCCUCCCGCGCAGCAACCUGGCGAGAGGAAGAUACUGCAGAAGGUCUCUUCGCCUGAGGUCGCCCGGGAGCUCUUUUUCUCUCUCAUCAGCCCCAGUACUAUACUCAUCGGCCACGGCCUUGAAAACGAUCUGAAUGCCAUGCGCAUGGUUCACCCCAAACUCGUCGACACGAUCCUGGUUUACCCACACAAGAGAGGCCUCCCAAUUCGAAACGGCCUCAAGGCACUCAUGGAGCUUCACCUGAACCGGCGCAUCCAGAUGCAAGGAGCAGAAGGACAUGACAGCGCAGAAGAUGCCAGGGCUGCGGGGGAACUGGCCAGGCUCAAAGUCCAGAAGGAGUGGUCUUUAAUGCAGUCACACGGUUGGAAGGUAGUGGACGGCAUCCUACGGGAACCGGGUUGGGAAGCUCUACAACAGGAAGGGCGCAUCAGCGAGGAUUCAGAGGAAGGCGGUGCCCGUCUCAGCGAGGAGUUUUUAGAGGCUCCAUAG